AUGAUGGAUCGCUAUGCUGAGCUGAAGCUCCUUCUGAAGACCUGGGAGGGGGAUUUCCUGAAGGAACAUGAAAGGAAGCCCACCAAGGCGGACAUAGAACAUGCGUCGCAGGAAACGCAGGACCUCUACAAGGAGUUCCGGGCCCUGAAACAGAAGAGACCGGCCCCGGAAUCCGUGUCAUCUGUGCAGGAUAGAGACGCAGACCAGGACCCCGAGAGGGAGGGACCCGACUCCUGGGGGAGCCAUCUUAACCGCUCCAGUGUCACCCCGAAGAUGUCCUCGUCAGAGCGCGACACCCUCCAUGCAUCUGCACAGUACUACGGGAUGAAACUGAAAUCCAACCUGGGCGGAGCCGGGAAGAAUCGUCCUUUGUCCUUGAAGAAGACGAUUAAUCGGAGCUCUCCAAUUAGCGCCGAGAAGAAGACUAGAUCUGUCACACGGAAUCGUCCUUUGUCCUUGAAGAAGACGAUUAAUCGGCGCUCUCCAAUUAGCGCAGAGAAGAAGAAGGCGGUCCUGUUUCCCGCCUGUGACCCGUUUGAACCAUCCCCCGCCCCUGUGCUGCCUGCACCAUCCCCCGGCCUCAUUCAUGAUGAUCCUCCUGACUCUGGGGAGGAUUUGCCCUUCCUGGGCCUGAAAGCUCCCAGAAUGAAUGUAACCCCUUCUAGUCAUGACGUUGUUGGUAAGAAGCUCCAUCAGCUCCAGUCUAAAGUUGGGCAACGUCUGUCCUCACUGGACCAUGACUGGUUGCAGAGAUGUGAGGUCAGAGGGGCCGGGGGAGCAGGACGGAGAGAUAAACCAAUCAUAGAAGACCGGAGAGGAACACCGGCUGGGACGGGGCCGAUGGGCUCCCAGGAACGGAGGACAUCUUCUGAUUUCAGUAAGGAUCAGUAUGAGGUAAGACAUGAUGUGAAGUCACUAGAUGACACAAAGACAAAGGUGUGUGUCAUGUCUACAGAGGAAACUCCACGUACGACCUCCAAUGCUGCAGAAAACAAGAAGAUAAGUGAACCGCUAACAGCCAGAUGGCAGAGCCAUACCCUGGGGAAGGUGGAGACCAACACUGAGGAACAGAAGAUGGUUCAUCCCUCCGAGAAGAAGGAAGUCCUCUCUGCUCAGGAACAAUAUAAAGAGGAACACGCUGAGGGCGGGACGGGGACUGACCUGACCUCACAGGAUGGAAAGAUCCGGCAAAAUGAAAGAGUCUCGCAUAGGAAAAGGCGGAGAGAUCCAACAGACCCUCCAGACUCCGAUGAUGUCCCCUCACAGAAGAGGCAAAGAGCCAAACUGACUGGAGAGAAGAGUCGCAAGCGAGGCUCCAAAAAGUCCACCGUAGAGGAAGUCUCCGAGGAUCCCCCCAAAUCUGAGGGUACCAGCCGAGAGGUGGAGAAUAUUCUGGGGGAGGUGAUGGAAGAAGGUGUACGGAGAGUUGCUGCACAAACCCAGCAAGGUGCCAGGGGAACGCAAAGAGGAACGGAGAACUUUGUCCGAAUUAAUCUCAAGAAAAAAUCCCAUGUAAAAAAUUUUGUGUUGAAUGGCAGUAGACUGAGAAAACAGAUGUGGAAGCAGAAGUGGCAGAAGAAGGGAGAGCAGUUUGGCGGAGGAGGAAAGCACUUUAACCGCAGUGGGGAUACUUGCUUCCAUUGUGGUGUAACGGGUCAUUGGGCGUCUCAAUGUCCUGGCAAAGUGCUUCCUGUCCCAAAGCCCGAGGAGCCGGACCCUGUGGAGGAGGACAUUGUGUUGCCAUCAUUAGAGGACGUGGCCAGGAUGACCAACACUCAGAUGGGGGCAGUGAUGGUCUGUGAAGAUCGCCAAGACGUGAGCUAUGAAGUGGUCAGACCAAUAUAUGAACCAGUUCCACCCCCUCCCGCCAUGACGCCUCUUUAUGAGUUGGACCCAUCAGGGACAGUCCGAGGUCUAUAUCUCUGCCUCCCUCCUUCCUGUCUUCUCACCCAUCAUCUCUGCCUCCCUCCUCCUGUCUUCUCACCCAUCAUCCCUGCCUCCCUCCUUCCUGUCUUCUCACCCAUAAUCUCUGCCUCCCUCCUUCCUGUCUUCUCACCCAUCAUCUCUGCUGUUUCAGGCCUGUCCUCCCUGGUAAUCCUCUCCACAGGAAUGGGGAAAUCUCUGUGUUAUCAGUUGCCAGCAUUUCUGUACUCCCAGCGGUCUCCAUGUAUCUCUCUGGUCAUUUCUCCACUGGUUUCUCUUAUGGAUGAUCAGGUGUCUGGUCUUCCUUCGAAGCUUCAAGCCGUUUGUAUUCAUUCCAACAUGACGAAAAAUCAGCGAGAAGUGGCUAUGGACAAGGUGAAACAAGGCAAGGUGCAUGUGCUGCUCCUUUCACCAGAGGCUCUGGUUGGUGGAGGUCUCUCAGGAUCCAGUUGUUUGCCUCCGGCUGACCAGCUGCCCCCAGUGGCCUUUGCAUGUAUAGAUGAAGUUCACUGUGUCUCGGAGUGGUCCCACAAUUUUCGGCCCUGUUAUCUUCGGCUAUGCAAGGUUCUUCGGGAACGUCUCGGUGUUAGGUGUCUUCUUGGCCUUACAGCCACAGCCACCCUGGGUACUGCUCAAGAUGUGGCCCGACACCUGGAGGUGUCCGAUAUUGACAAGAUGCCUCUACGACUGGCAGCUGUACCCCCUAAUUUACACCUAUCUGUGUCCAUGGACCAAGACCGGGACCAGGCUCUUGUUACACUCUUAAAAGGGGAACGUUUUGGUUGUCUGGAUUCUAUCAUCAUCUACUGUACACGAAGGGAGGAGACCCAGCGCUUGGCAGCAUUGCUCCGUACGUGCUUGCAGGGGGUGACAGUGAGUCGUACAGCAGAAGAGACUAAGGCGGCGGAGUGUGACAGGAAGAAGAUUCAGGCAAGGAAGAAGAUUCGUCGCCCACUGAAGUGGAUGGCGGAUACUUACCAUGCGGGAUUGUCAGCUGCUGAGAGGCGGCGAGUACAAAACAACUUCAUGAGUGGUCAGCUGCGAAUCGUUGUGGCUACUGUGGCAUUUGGGAUGGGUCUGGAUAAAUCUGAUGUGCGAGGGAUCAUCCACUACAAUAUGCCGAAAAACUUUGAGAGCUACGUCCAGGAAAUUGGCAGAGCUGGGCGGGACGGCAAUGAUGCCCACUGUCAUCUCUUCCUAGACCCCCAUUCCCAGGAUUUGGACGAGCUGCGCAGGCAUGUGUAUGCCGAUUCUGUGGAAUACAUUACAGUUAAGAAACUAGUCCAGAGAGUCUUUCCGAAGUGCAAGUGUCGGGACUUCCAGAAGAAGCGCGAGGCUCUGAGGAGGGGUUGUGAGCUUGAUGAUGAUGAAAUGUUGGAUAUCCUGGCACAGUGUGAAGGAGAGGAAGAGACAGAGGAGAGACCUCCAGCUAUGGAGAAAUCAGUGGAGCGGAUGUGCCAUAGACAUGAGCGUGUUCUUCCUAUAGAGGAGACCGUGCAGGCGCUGGAUGUCCGGGAGGAAGGUCUUGAGACUCUUCUUUGCUAUCUGGAGCUCCAUCCUUCUCAUUGGUUGGAGCUGCUUUACCCCACCUUAUCCGUGUGCCGUGUGACAUGCUACAGUGGCCCUCAGCAGCUGCGUGCCCUUGCCCACAGCUGUCCACCCGUGGCUGUAGCUCUGGCUCGGGAACGCCUGUCUGGUAUUGAUCACACGCACGCCAGUUCUGUGGAGUUCAAUGUGGUGGAGGUGGCAGAUUCAAUGGCCUGGGAAGUCAAUCCAGUAAAGAGGGCUCUCCGCGACCUGCAAUGGAAUUCUUCCAGCAAAGGAGGUUUCCGUGGUACUGGCCGCAGUGGUGUCCUGGUUGAGUUCAGCACGCUCUCCUUUCACUUUCGUUCUUACGGAGAUCUGACAAAUGAGGAAUUGGAAGAAAUCUGUGAUUUUCUCCACCAAAAAGUUUCUUCACGAGAGGCGACGGCUCUGAGACAGCUGAAGACGUGCUACAGAGUCUUCCAGAGUGUGGCAUACAGGAGCAGCUCCGCCUGCGCAGAGCGCGUCAAUGUGGAGCGCAGCGCUCAGCUGAAGGCGCACAUUCUGGACUAUUUUGAGGGGAGAAAUCCUCUGGAAGACGAAGGACGGGAUGAGAAAGAGGCGGGGCUAAGGGAUAAAAAGGCUGACGAUUGGAUGGCUCAGCUGUCAUGUGACGUCCGACUUUUCCUGUCCAUUCACCCAGAUGAGCGUUUCUCUGGACGAGCCAUUGCCCGCAUUUUUCACGGGAUUGGCAGUCCAUGUUACCCUGCACAGGUUUAUGGACGGGAUCGACGCUUCUGGCGGAAAUAUCUUCAUUUGGACUUUAACAAAGUCAUGCAGGCCUGUAAGGAGGAAGUAAUCCGGAUGCGAUGAGUCGUCAUACUCCAAUAUAGAC